GUCGCAUCACGGAGCGGGGAGGGGCCCCGCUCUCGUCCAUUGGCUGGUACUGUAAUACCCACAGCUUUACGGUAGAUCCACGGUGGUUGGAGAGGUUGUGUUGUUCGUGAGUGGUGAUCCUUUCAUCGACAGGAUAAUAAAGAGACUGUGGCGGGGGCUGUUUCCUCCGUCUUUUAUUCUUUUCACGGAACCGCGCACUGUGGAAGGCGAAAAGAGAUGCGCACGGAUACACGCGGAUACAUUGUCCGGACAUCGCGAGAGGAGGAGAGGAGCAUGUAACCCGGAGAAAGGCACCGGCGGCACCACCUGACACUCUUCUCUCCCGCUUCCUGCUAACUCAGCAUUUGAUGCUUCUCCAUGUGUUGACUGAACUGUGUGGUCGUCCGGGAUUUUACCUUCAGAAAAAUGAGCGACGAAGUGUCAGAGGUUCCCAAAGAGCUUCUGGAGAGUGUGAGGGAUGCUUUGGGGAGGAAGGUGAAGCUGGCGCUGAGGAGGAGAGUCAAACUGGAGAUCAAAGGAGACAAGACGGAGAACAGAGUCCUGGCUCUCGCGUCUCACCGAGGCUACCUCUUGACGGCACGCAUUCCCACCAAGGUGGAACACUCCUUUAAUUACCUAGAAAUCCAGGGGAUCGCUUGUAACAAGCCGACACAGCUGCUGAUAGAGUACGAGCGAGGCUCCUUCUCUCUGAAGCUGCUCUCCUCCGACGAGGUCAAUGAGGUGGUCGCUCACAUUGGAACCUGCCUCGUGAGGAUAUGUCCUGGUCUGCCACCGAGUAAAAUGAUAAAGAAGCUCUGUAUGGAGCCUCCGGACAGGCUGACCACGCUGCAGAAUCUCUGGGAGAACAACAAACCUGCUGAGCCUGGACCUUGUGGUGGAUUUUCUCUGAUGUACAGGUGUGUUUGUGACUGGUUGGGUCUGCCGUACAGAGAGGAGGUGCAGUGGGAUGUCGACACCAUCUACUUGACACAAGACACCCGAGAGCUCAACCUGCAGGACUUCAGCCAUCUGGAGAACCGGGAUCUGGUGGCCAUAAUAGCAGUCCUUGAGUUUAACCAGUGGUUCACCAAGCUCUCCACUAAGGACUACAAACUGUCGGCAGAUGUGUGUGAACAGAUCCUCAGGGUGGUGUCUCGAUCCAGUCGCCUGGAAGAGUUGGUUCUGGACAACGCAGGACUUAAAACGGAUUUUGCUCAGAAGCUCGCUGCUGCCCUGGCCCACAACCCCAGCUCAGGACUCACCACCAUUAAUCUUGCCAACAACCCACUGGAGGACAGAGGUAUCUCCUCCUUGGGUGCCCAGUUUGCCAAACUUCAUAUGGGGCUCGAACAUUUAAACUUCUCCAAAACCUCACUAUCACCCAAAGGGGUGAACAGCCUUUGCCAGUCACUGAGUGCCAACCCGUCCAUCCCCAGCAGCCUGGUCCAUCUGGACCUCUCAGGGAACAUCCUCAGAGGAGACGACAUGCAGCAUUUCUACAACUUCCUCGGUCAACCAAACAGCCUGGCAACGCUUGAUCUCUCUAAUACUGACUGCUCAUUGGACCAGGUUUGCUCCGCUCUGCUGCGAGGUUCGGUCCAGCAUCUCUCUGUUCUCAACGUGUCCAAGAGUGUCUUUUCUCACAGGAAAGGCAAAGAGGUGCCUCCAUCAUUUAAGCACUUCUUCAGCAGCGCGAUGUCCCUCAGCUCCAUCAACGUGUCGGGGACCAAGCUGCCGCCAGAGGCUCUCAAAGCACUCCUGCUCGGUCUGGCCAGUAAUCCAAAUCUGAAGGACGUGUCUCUAGACCUCAGCUGCUGUGAGCUUGGCCAUUGUCUGCGCUCAGGAGGAUCUCAAAUCCUAGAAGGCUGCAUAGCAGAGAUCCCAAACAUCUCCCACCUAGAUAUCUCUGACAAUGGCCUGGACUCAGACCUGUCUACUCUGCUGGUGUGGUUGGCCAGGAACCGCUCCAUCAGACAUCUUUCUCUGGGCAAGAACUUCAACAACAUCAAGUCGAAAAACCUUGCUCCCGUGCUGGACAGCCUGGUUCAUAUGAUUCAAGAGGAGGAGUCGCCCCUCACCUCUCUGUCUCUAGCAGACUCCAGACUGAAGAGCGAUCUGACCAUCGUUCUCAACGCCCUCGGUAGCAACUCCUCGCUCACUCGACUCGACAUCAGCGGGAAUGCGAUGGGCGACAUGGGCGCCAAGAUGCUCGCCAAGGCACUGCAGAUCAACUCCAAACUCAGGACUGUGAUCUGGGAUAAAAACAACACCAGCCCUCAGGGUCUUCAAGAUGUAGCAGCCGCUCUGGAGAAGAACUUCACCAUUCGCUUCAUGCCCAUUCCCAUCAUCGAUGCCUCUCAGGCUUUGAAGGCCGGUCCAGAGAAAACAGAGGACGCCUUGCUUAAGAUUGAGAAUUAUCUCUACAGGAACCAUGAGACCAGAAAGUACCUACAGGAACAGGCCUAUCGGCUCCAGCAGGGCAUUGUCACCACAACCACACAACAGAUGAUUGACAGGAUUUGUGUGAAGGUGCAGGACCAUCUGAACUCUCUGAGGAACUCGGAGACAGACGCCGUCGUGGAGGACGUCCGGUCAGCAGAGAACCUCAUCAAAGAUGCCAGAAACUCUAAAACACUGCUUCCUAACCUUUACCACCUCGGAUCAGCUUCCAGAGAGGAGGUGAACAGCUCCUCAGUGGGGCCCAUUCAGGAGAAACUAGAGUCCAUGGCUGGAGAAGUGACUGCGGUCAUGGACCAACAACUACAGACUCUGCUGGAGUCCAUGGUGGACACAGCGGAGUCCCUGUGUCCCCAUGUGAUGAAGAGGUGUAGUCUUCGUUCGGAGCUAAUGAAGGCCAGCUCAGCCAAGAUGGUUGUGCCCAAGAGCUUCGUCACCAAAACCCUCCUGGAACAGUCUGGUGUGGAUAUUAUCAACAAGAUCAGUGAGGUGAAGCUGAGUCUGGCGUCCUUUCUGUCCGAUCGCAUUGUUGAUGAGAUUUUGGAGGCGCUUUCCACUUCACAACUUACUCUGGCGGACCAUCUUGUACGUCGAGGUCGACCUUUGGUGCAGCAGGAGUCGGUGGAUCUGGACAUCCCUGAGGAGAAGGUCCCUAAGCGGGCGUCAGCUGAAAUUUUAGAGGGUGAGAGGCUGGAGGAUCUGGAGACGUGCAUGAUGACGCCUAAAUCCAAGAGGAAAAGCAUCCACAGCAGAAUGCUUCGACCAGUGUCUCGUGCCUUUGAGAUGGAGUUUGACCUGGACAAGGCCCUGGAGGACGUGCCUCUCCAUGUGGAGGACACUUCAACAUCAUCUCAGACUCCACCCACUCCAUCUCAGGUCCUGCCCAAGCUCGAGCAACGUGUACCAGGAACAAUGGUGGAGCUGCCAUCUGAGGAGGAAAAAAAGCUGCAGCACUUUACCAAACUACGACCCCGAAGGAACAAAAAAACACACUCCAGCAAAGUACCUCACAUCAACAGUGCCCCAUCUCAGGAUGGAGAGCAGAACGGCCUCAUGGGAAGGGUGGAUGAGGGUGUCGAUGAGUUCUUCUCUAGAAAAGUCACCAAGAUGGACAAACGUGCCCUGAAAGGUUCGGACUCUCAAGAUGGGGAAAAAAAGAAGAGCAAAGGUGGAUUCCUUAACCUCAUUAAACGAUCCUCGAAGUCCGACAAAUCGGAUAAAUCUGACAAGUCUGAUAAAUCGGAGAAAAACCAGACGACCCCUUUAUUGUCUAGCACGUCCUCAGCCUCCACAGGCUCAACAUCAGCUUCCACCAUCCCCGAGGAGCCCUCCUCGCCAAAGGCGGCAGUGAAGAGCCCUGCACCUGAAUCAAAAUCAAGAGAUGCCUCCAGUCGCUCACAGCCCACAGACUACAGCAGCAGCUCGGACCGAUCCGAAGAACUGAGAACGCCAGACUCCAUCGACGAGCCUUGGGAGAGCUCAGAUGGCAGAGGCAGUCCUCAGGGAGGGAGGCGCUACCCAGGAAUGCAGAUGAUGGGCAGUGGCCUCCUCGCAGAGAUGAAAGCCAAACAGGAGAGACGAGCCCACAAGUCUUCCAGCCCUGAUAGACCUGACGGCAACUCAACAGCUGCCAAGUCUCAGCCAGCAACUCCAGAGAGCAGGUCUCCCAGUGGCUCCAUUUAUAAACCAGACGGUGCUUCUCCAGAAAAAACCCAACCGCGGGGUGAGACCAAGCCUGAACCUGUCCCUCGCCUUAGAACUACGUCCUCUUCAAGUUCCCCAGCUGGACCGCUGAGUCCCAAACCACCAGUCCCACAGGGGACGAAGCCUGCUCUCGCCGCACGUCCCUCCAUCCCACACAAGCCCAGGACCAGCAGCAGCAGCAGGAGCAUAGAUGAGAGCCCAGAUUCACCCGGCAACGGCAGUGGGUCUCCUAAAGUCACAGGUCUCCCUCACACACUGAAGAGGGCGGUGUCAGAGAAGGACAAGGAGGGAGGCUCUGCCAGUAAAACCACUCAGGAAGGGCGGACGGCGUCAGACUCCGCUCAGCGACCCAACACUGUCCGCACUAACUCUGAGGACCACGGCACCUUGAAAACCAAGGACCAAUGUCCGAACGCAGACAAGGACAAAGCAGCGGGCAAGAAGUCCUCAGAAUCCAGGGAGGAGCCAGACAAAGACUUUAUUUUAAUAUGAAACGCGAGAAUAAACUGUCGACAAGCCUGCGGUGUUUUCGUUUAGAAAAUAAUCAAAGUAAUAUAAUCAACGUUGUUGUUGUUUUUGUGUUAAAAGUUUGCACCCGUACUGCAGGUCCUGUCCAACCACAAAGUACUCAUUUGCUUUGCAGCGGAGACCUGCGAGUAUCAGGUAACAUUUUCUAAUUCAGUUUAAUUUAAUGUACAAUGAGGAAAAAAAAAAUUAUAUUAUUUAACAAUUUGAAUUUAAUAUUUUGGGAAAUGUCUUCAGUAAUUAUUUUUUAGUCAUGUCUCCUAGUAAACCAAACUAAAUCUCCCUAGAGCUUCCUUCUCACCACCACAUCGGUUUGUUGAUUUUCUCUGCUGUCAGUUUAAAAAACAAAAAAAAUGAAUUACUAAACUAUUAAAACAAGAUAGACCUCUUUCUUUCUGGAAACCGCGGAUGUUAGGAGUGUGAGAGAGACUGUGAAUCUUGAGUGUAUACAUUUAAAUGACUUUCUUUACUUAAUAAUAUAAAGUUAUUGUACUAUUGUUUUACAGUAGCCGCUUGUUUCCCAGGGACCAAACACAAUAACAUUACCACUAAAACUGUACUGUACUUGAAAUCAAGUGUAAAACCAGACCAUGACCCAAUGGCAUUCUUUUUGUAUAGAUUUUUCUAGAGGCUAUUUUCAGUAUAUGUGCAAGUUACUAGUUUUUUUUUCUUUCUUUUUUCUGGACUAACUACAUUAUGCAAUUCAUAAUUUUUUACAGGGCAAAUACAGGUUAAGCUGAAAUAAUAAAUCAGUUAUACAUGCGUAAUGUAGCUUGCCUGACAGUAAAUGUUCCUGGUAUUAAGGUGGACUCUUCAUCUCACGUGAGAGUGCUUUGAGAGGACUGUGCUACACUUAAACGUCACUAAUAAUCAAUCAAUAAGGCUUCAGCACUGUUAAAACACUGUGGAUGAAACAUUCGUCUUAUUUUUACACUCGACUGCUGAGGUCUUUUUUUGUGUGUGUGUGUGUGUGACAUUUACGACAUGCCGAGGGUCCAAUGAACGCAAAUAACAGAGUCUGUAAAAGGAAUAGUAAAGAGAAUCUGCUUCAACUUUAUCACAAGGAGACACAGUCGUGUGGGUUUCUCUUCUGUGGCCUCUCCGGUUAGUUAUUUGUCUGAAGUCAACUCCAGCCAAACAUACAAACAUAAUUCUUCCUCCUUCCUGCAAUCUUUUUCUUUCAGGACUUUCAAAUUCAGCUCUUUUUCAUGCCAAACUGUGCGAUACAAACCCGCAGCAUCAUGAUCACAUUCUGUAACAACAGCACUGGUCUCAGGAUGAUUCAUCGUGUCAAGAAAUGCCGCUUUGACACUGCUACACUGUCUGUAACCAUUGUCAGUCAGCAGACUGGUUCUGUCAAACGUUAAUUAUACAGAACAUCACACACAUGUCUCAAAACAGGGGCUGUUUUCAAUUCAAGUGUAUUGAUUUUGUCGACUGUUCGACUUCUCACGCCUUUGAUGGUUUUUCGUUGUUUUGUGUCCUGCUGUAGCGAGGAUGGAUGAUGGAUGAUGGAUGUACUGUAGCCAAACAGAGAAGCAGACCAGUUUCACUAUAAAAACAGUGUUCUCAUGAUCCCGGUCUUUUCUUUGUUGUAGGUUUGUGGUGAGGUUGUAGCUCCUUUAUCAUCAUGUCUUUAUGUCUUGGUUAACAACAACAAGAACAGUUCCCGCUGUGUAAAGUAAAUCUGUUCUCGAUGUCAAUGACUGCUCUGAUUCUCAGUCUCGGUGCCAUUUUCAGAAAUCUUUUGUGUGUGUGUGUGUGUGUGUGUGUGUGUGUGUGGAACAUGUACCAGGAAACUGGGGUAUAGGAAACAGAACAUGACUUUGCAGUAUGUUUAAAGCAAAAAAAAAAAAGAAAAAAAGGGCAUUUUCCUGAUGCAAUGAUAGUUCUGGCUUGUGUAAUGAAAUAAAAAAGAAAAGAAAGAAAACAUCACUUUCAAUUGUGAGGAGAACGUGAAAAUAAGCAGUCGCUUUGCGUGCGUGUUGGCAUGAUGUGGCUGUGAGUCGUACUGUAUGUAUAAACACUGUAUGUUGCGUUCAUACAUGCAGGCGUGUGCAUGUGUGCAUACACUGCGGACACUGUGGUAUGGUCACAUGCCUACAGUCUAUUGUUUUCAUACUAAGUACACUACUAUACGUGGGGUUUGUUUGUAACUUAUUUGUAAUAAAAAAAAAAAAAGUUUGUCGGUGAUCGUCUUGAAACUUUUUUUUGUUGCUUGUACAUUGUGUUCAUGUAGAAUUGAAUUACACGCGUGUAUUAAUUGGUUAUUACAUGUCCGUUCAGUGUUUCUUUCAAUGAGGAUUCAGAAAAAAAGCUAUUUCCUGAGCUGGGAGGAGGAAAACGUCUAGCAAAUAAUGGCAUUUACUCGUUUUAUGUUUCCGCUGGUGUUUUGACAUUUCGUCAUGUAAAUAAUGCUGAUUAAAGUAAUUUUACAGGA